AUAAUUCAAGUUUUUGCCAGCCCUUCUAUGUGUUGGUAGUAAUGCUAUUCCUUGCUAGGAAGGUAUAAAGCUCACAGCAGCAGCCCAAACACAACACUGCCUUGAAAAGUGCCAAAGGCAACGAGAACUCGGAACGAGGCUUGGCACGCAAGGUGUGUGAGGCAGCGAGCGGCCUAACAAGUCGCGGUCACUUCCGUGUCGUGACGUCACGCUCUGGUGCGUUGCCAUGGCAUCGCGUAGUGGAGCGAACGCUCUGGAGAUCGCAGUGCGAGAGUCGUGGAUUCCUAUCGCUUCCGAGGCGCAGUAAGUUGCGCUGGGUUGGAAAUCACCGACACCUGUAUGCCGCCGGGUACUCGGACGCCGAUCGUUCCCCUUGCGGCUUGGCGUUGCUGUAGGAGCUACACGGAGCGAUCCAUGCAGGGCUUUGGCCGCACCGGGGCGUGCGGAGAGGCGACUUACACCUGUGGAGCAGAUACCAUGAGCCGCCUGUCAGCCACUGCUUAGUGACGGGCUCCGGGCUGCGCUUGGGAUGGAGCCAGAGGAGCUGGAUGUGCUGGGGUAUUAUGUGGAGGAAGAAGAGCAGGAGCAGGAGGAGGAAGAUGGUGGCGGCGGCGGCAAGGAGUUCUUUGAUUUCGAACCCCUUCCAACAUUACUGGAAGAUGAGGAGAAUGUGUCCUUGGCUGAUAUUCUGUCACUACGUGACAACUGCCUUACUGAGCAGGAUAUUUGGGCAAUCUGCCUGGAGUGCUGCUAUUCCAUGAAGAGUAUAGCCCAUUCAGCCAUCUUCCAGACACUCUGCAUCACUCCAGACACCCUGGCAUUCAACACCAACGGCAACGUCUGCUUUAUGGAGCAGCUCAGUGAUGAUCCAGAAGGAGCGUUUGUACCUCCAGAGUUUGAUCUGACUGGCAACACAUUGGAGGCACAUGUAUAUUCCCUGGGCGCGACUCUGAAAGCAGCAAUAGAAUUUGUCAUCGAGCCGGAGUUGGAAACAGAAUUAUGCCCAGAUCUGGAUUCUUUGCUGGAACUUAUGCAACAGGAAAACCCAGCAGACAGACCAGAUAUUGAGAGCAUUAUAUCCUUGUGUGAAACAAGACUCAACUGUUCUUCCGCUAUGAUUUGCCGAAGUCUUUCAUCUAUUGGUAGAAGAGUCCUCUCGAUAGAAUCAGUCAGCGCUUUCCAAGAUGGUUGGGAAUCUCUUUGGAAAGGUAUGGACAAACUUGGAGUGAAUAGAAAACUGCAAAUGACUGAAAAAUGCCCAAGCAAUAAAUCUUCCAUAAUGGACAACUUGAAUUCUACCAACCAUCGGACUGUUAGUCACUCAAUCACUACUUCCCAAAAGGAGGAGAUACAAAAUGGCUGCAUAGAGAAUGGAACACAACUGGAAACGCUGUGCCCAGCUCCACAUUCGCUCCCCGGACAUCCCUUUGAGAAACCCAGAAGUGAAGGUACUAAAGAUUUAUCUCCUGAGGAAUAUGAUCGUUUUCUGGAGGAAAGGACUAGAAACAGCUUUAAGAAACCACAAAGAAGCAAAUAUAUAUGUGAAGCCAAUAACUUGGAUAAAUAUUCAUCUUCCCAUUCCCCGCCAGGUGCUGGAAGGAUUACGCUGAAAAGCUGGCCAUCUGUGCCUAGCUGUGCCUCGCCAGCUGACAGUACGGGCGAACAGCUUUGUACAGGUGAUGCAAGCCCAAGCCAGACAAAAAAGUUUAUUUGUUUUGUGAAUUCAAAGAUAACCGACAGCUCUUUAGUUUCAUGCAACUCCAUGCCAAACCACAGAAACUGCAAUUCUCCCCUCAACCAUCCACUGUGCCAGUCCCAUGUUUCCUAUGAAAACCUUGUUACAGCGCUGGCAAAAGAAAGCCGGCAUUCUUUAUGUACAGACAAAGAAGCCAUUCCAGAAAUGUGUGCUCCAUCCGAGGCUCAUUCAAAUAUUAAGCACUUAAAUGCAAGUAGAUGGCCCUCAGGACAUGGAGAGUCUACUCCAAACCCUUCAUUUUACAAAGAUCAAGUGACUGCUACAAGACAUGACAAUUCUCCUGAGCUAGACAUUAAUGAAGUAAAAGGUUUAAACAUUUCAAGUGAUGAUCAGAAGUGGAUUUCACUUAAAGAACUUGUUCUUAAGCAUGGCACUCCAUUAAAUGAAGAAGAGCUGUGGUCAUUAUGUCAUGAGUGCUUAUACACACUACAGACAUACAUUGAUUAUCCAGGUAUUUUAUAUCUGGAAUCUGUGUUUGUUGAUAACAGCGGAGAAGUUCUCUUCUUUCCUUAUGAAGAUAAAGAACCCUAUGACAAUCUUUGUGUGCCACCAGAAUUUGACCCUGAAGGAGUAGGAUCAGAGAAGGCCUGUGUUUAUGGUAUAGCAGCUAUUUUAUGGUCAGCUGCAAAGCUCAAUUUCCCCUGUAAUCAUAAGCUGGCUCUGCCUAAAAGGCUAAAGCAGUUCCUUCUACAGAUGGCAAAGCAGAAUUGUGCUGAGAGACCAACAAUAGCCGAAGCUCUGAAGAUAUGCAAAGAUUUUCUGCAGCAGAGAAGUAUAGACAGCAAAGGAACCUUGGCUCGCCUAAGCAGCCUUGCAUAUCAGAUUAGCCAGAAUAAAGAGAUGGACCUUCCAGAUAGAGUUUCUCCUGAAGAUUCCAACAAUUGUUACCUACCCUCAGCAGGGUUUGUUCCGGUUUCAGCCAAGAGUAAGCUGAUGGCAGUGAAAGGCCCAGUUCCAGUAAAAGACAAGCCAACCAAUUUGCCUGCAGCUUUUACAUCUCCAGCCUCGUAUUUCAGACCAAUAAUUUUAACUCAAAAUCAUGAUGUAAACAGCAAUCAGAAUCUAUCUACAAGUACUAACAUGGAAGAGGGGGACAUUGUGGAAGCAGAAAUUUCCAUCAGUGACAUUGAAAACCACACAGAUGACACGAUGUGCCAGAGGCCUAACCCUAGUACAAAUUCUUCAAAUGGCCAAAACCUAAAUCUGUUGCAGUCGUCCAUUUCAGACUCUUCGUCUGACUGUAAAGAAAAGACUUCUUCGAGGGCCUCUUCCAUCUCCUCCAGUUCUUCGACCUUAACAAGCAGUCCAGUUAUAAACAAUUAUAUUCUUAAACAGGAUCCAAAAACUGGAAAUCUGAAACUGGUACGCGUGCAGCUUAGUGUACCAGAACAUAUACCAAGCGUUUCCCUGGAGGCUGGGCCUUCACCUCAGCAGACGAAGGCUGAGAAGACAUCAACGCAUACUACAGCAGCAAACUAUGGCUCAGAUAGGAUGAGUUCAAAGAACUCUGCAUCCCUUCCUGUGCCUGUUCUUGUUAAAGGGGAACAUUUAGAAACCAAAGUUAAUGAUACCAUAGGAAAAUUAGCACUAUCUACUUUAGGCUUGACUUCCAUUUUGGAAAGCCCACAGAUUCAUCAGAUUGCUGAUGCUGGCCCAAAUAAAGGGAGCAAUGGGUGUAUGUCCCUAGAGAACGUGGUUAAUGUUGCCUCCCAAAGGACAUUAUGUUCACCCUUACAAAAAGUUGUCCAGAUUAUUCAUGAUGAGUUUGCAUUUGAUGGAUAUUUGGAAAACGGAGUUGAGGAUAUUGCUAUGGGAGAGUAUAUUUUUGCCCUCCAAGGCCUCCAGUAUGUCACGUUCUGUGGGGCCAUUCGUGAGAAAUUUUGUGACCUUUACUGGGAUGACCAGCUGCUCGAAAAACUUUACAAGGUGGUCAGUGGGAAAUCGCCUCCAUAUAACAGAAGAAAGGAGAUUGAAUCCUUUGAUCAGUGUAAUCCUGAACGCUUAUUAAAGAAGAGUCAAAGGAAAUCACGGAAACACAGAAAGCCGGCAGCGGUGUCAAGGAAUGAGCAAUCGGGUGCUACAAACGACCAAGAAACAGUAUUAAACGCAUCACAAGGGCUUGUGGGUACUGAACGGGAAAUGUCACCCAAUACUACCAGGCUAACAGUCACAGAUAGAGGUACUGAGACACUGGUGAUAACCAGCUCUGAAAAAGACUCUUCUCUUGAUGAGCCUGACAUGGCUGAUACACCGGAGUCCCCUGACAAGAAUCCCCAGUCACAUAUGUCUAGCGCUCCUUCCAGUAUUGAAGAAAACUGCUUGCUUACGGAAUUCUCUGACACCAGUAGUUACUGUGUCCGUCCCGAUUAUCAAGAAGAAAGUGAAGAAAACCCCGAAGACUCUCUGCCAAACCAUCGAGAGAACAAUAUUACUAUGUCCAUCUCCCCAGCUGAGCUGUACAAAUGCAGCAGUGGCUGGUGUAGUGCUUUUUAUGGAGCCCAGCUGUUUAAUCCGGAGGUUCAGCAAUAUGUUAAUACACUUGGAAGGCUAAAAGAUGGAUUUUCCAAAACUAUUGAAGCCAAAAGACUGGAACUUGAACAGCAGCUUAUGAUUGAAACAAAAAAUUACAGAAAAACGAUCAAGCUUUACCAGAAUUCUCUGCUGAAAGGAAAAAGGAGCAAAGGUUCGGAUGUAAAGGAGCUCUUACCCAAGCUUAAAGGACAUUUGGAAGAGAUGAAAUCAAAGGUGCAGUUCCUUGAAUUGUCUAAAAAGUUACUCCAGGUAUCUUAUGCAGAGCAAUGGGCUAUUGAGCCACACAGGCUUCCAUAUGUAGCAAAUCUUACUGCAAUGACUGAAAUGGACUCAGAAGCCGACACAUCAUUUCUGCUCAUCUAUAAUGAGAAAGGGCAGCAUCGUGACCAUACAUCCAAAGUCCUUCAAGCAGGGACACCUCUGGGUUUAAUGGCGCAUCUUUAUUCCAGAAAUGCCUUUUUGGAUGGAUACGUGCAGCAAUUUUUUUACACUUUCCGUUACUUCUGCACCCAGGAGGAUCUCCUCCAGUUUCUUAUUGACAGGAUAAACUGCACAGCGGCAAGCCGAGAAGCCACUGCUUUCCCAUCUGUGGAUAAGAAAAUCUUCCAGUGCUCACUGAUCCUGCUGCAGACUUGGAUAGAAAGCUGUGGUGUGGUCGAUUUCUCCAUGAAUCCAGAUGUACUGGACAGACUGGAAGAAUUCAGUAAUGCCCAGGUUUUCCAGAAGGACGACUGGAGUGAGUACUUAAUAUCACUGCUGCAAGAAGUUGCCAAUAAGAAGUACACCAUUUCCUCUUUGACAUUUACUUCUGGAGAUAAGGACGAUACCAAAUCGCUGCAUUCUCUGUGCACUAAGUUAUCUGUGGAUAAUGUCUCCAGGAAGAGUUUUAACUGGAAACUGUCCAAGGGAAACGGAACUGCUGAGACUCACAAGGCUCAUUACUUGGUUGCAUCAGCUCUGCCCCGGCCGUGUUAUCCUGGCUUUAGCGAAGAAUUAUCCAUGUCCUACAUCAAAGCAGAUGAGAGCGGAAUAUUCUCUGUAUACGAGUGCACUGUUCAGCAGAUUGCUACCCAGCUAACCUUGCUCCAGGAGGAAAUGUUUAAGAAGUGCCACCCAGUCCACUUUUUGAAUUCACGGGCAUUGGGGGUGACGGACAAAUCAUCAAAUGCGCCAAAAAGUGUCGGUGUUGAGAGCCCCCCAGCUGAAGCCUGCACUCUGUUCCUGCCAAGCUGUACACAAGACAAGUAUCUGCUACAGAUGCUGCGAUUUGCCGAAAAUGUUAGUACCUGGGUAUCUGGCGAGAUUGUCACAUGUCACACUUCCAAGUUGCAGGCUGGCGUGCUGACAAAGUUCCUUCUUGUUGCCAAGUUAUGUUACGAACAGAGGGACUUUGCGAGCGCCAUGCAGAUCCUGGGAGGCCUGGAAAAUCUCAUUGUACGGCAGCUCCCUGCUUGGAAAAGUCUGCCCUCCAAGGUGUCUGAUAUUCUGGAAGAACUGAAAGCAGUAGAGGUGUUUUUAAAGAGUGACAGCCUGUGCCUGACUAAAGGAGACAGAUUCAGAACAUUACCCACAAUUCCCUCAGCUUGCCUUCUAGCAAUGCAUGUUCAACAGCUUGAAACUGGAGGCUUUACCAUGGCAAGUGGAGCCUUUAAAUGGAAUAAAUUAAGAAAUAUUGCAAAAGUUGUAAGCCAGGUCCAUGCGUUCCAAGAAAUCCCAUACUCCUUCACUCUGGACCCAGAGCUCCAGUUCUAUCUCCGACAGCGAAUCGCUCAUUUUUGUGACGCUGACAUUUCCAUCUUGGCGGCCGACAACAAUGCCAAUUUCCAUCAUGUGCCAUCUGAUAAGCAUUCCCGAAAAAUCCAGGACACCCUGCGGAGAAUGAAGGCUACGUUUCAGUAACUCCCAUGGAACCAAAAGUAUGUUUGGCCGAUAGGUUUUUAUUGUCUACCUUACCAAAGACAAAGUGUAGCCCUGGGAUGGCUAAUGUGGGGCCCUCUGGCUGUUUGACUCAACAACUCUCACAGUUUGGCCAUCCCUUUGCAUGGGAAGAUAUAAAGAAGGUAUAUAUUCUUCCUCAGCUGUGCCCAAAUAUAAGACAUGAGUCAAUGGUUGGAAUCAGAAGACAAAAGCUACUGGAAUUUUCCUAUGGUUGAUGGAGCUAAAGAGUAACCUUUAGGACACUACAGUCAAUACCUGCAAUGCGAUGAGACAUCUUCUACCUCUGAGGCCGUUUCUUUAGCAGCUGGAACAUGAAUGUGUCUUACAGCAGAAGAUUAUUUGGGCUGUGUUGUUACUUUACAUGUAUGUGUUUGUGGAACUGGGAUUUGCUAAUAACUGUGCACUAUGGGUUUCAUUUGGCUGAUAAACUGUUAGGCAAAGUUGUAGGGUCCCAUGGUAUUGUCUGCUUACAAGCUUGUUUAGAAUGAUCUCUCAGGGAAGUCAGUCUAAGGCAUUGGAAUACUUGUUCCCAUGAGUGACUGAAGCUGGCCAUACAAUGCUAGAUCCACUUGUUUGGUGAUGUCAGAAGUGGAUCUGGGCCUGCCUUGGCCACCCAGGUACAGGGCCAAUCCUCUGGGGCCACAAAGUGGAUCAUACAGUGGGUCUAAUAAAGUUCCGUCAGAUGAGUACCACAUUAACAAGCUGAUGUUACCCUGUUCCAAAAGGAUUUUCAAAUCUGCCCAAAUGAUAUCUGUCUAAUUUUUGGCUAUAUGUCUGUCAGACAGGUCCAUCAGUAGGCACCAUACACAGGCCAAUAAAAGUCAGCAGAUUGUAUUGACUUGUGUAUGGUCACCUGGAAGCUGGGCAUACAUGGCCAGAUCCAUUCUUUUGGUGGGAAUGGCAAAUUUGCACCCAAGUGGAGGUGCAAUUGUUUGACCCAAUGGCCAACAAACACUUAACAGUGAGGCCUGUGCAGACAGUUUGGGUAAGGAUCAUAACCUCAGCUUGAUGUGGACCUUACCAAAAAGGGUUUUGCAGCCUUUGUGAAUUAUAUUUGUAUUCUUGUCUGUUUCAACCUUUGUAUGGCAAGCUUUACCCUUGAGAAUGAGAAUGGAGAAUGAAAAGACUGAGCACUGAUAACUUUACCCUUAGGGCAAGUGUGUUCUCUGUAUUUUGAUAGGUUCUUGUAGUGUUUAGAAUGCUUGCUCCCGGCAGUUAUCAUUUGAAAAAUUGCACUGUGUGUCUGUGUUAGGGAGAUGUGACCCACAAAACAUUGCAUGCCUUUUGAUCAUGGUUACUUAGUGGAGAGCAAAUGCCCCCGGCACUUACAUUCUUUUUUUUUUUUUUUUUUUUUUUGUGCCAAUAUAUAAAACAAAGGAUCUACCAUUUCAAGGAGAGGUAGGAUGAAUUUGCACAAAUCUUAACCUGUGGUGCUGUUAUAUUGUAACCCAUCAAAAGGUUUACCCUCUUGGUAAGAAAUGGUACUGCAAGUGACAAGGCUUUUAUUAAAAUUACAACAUCUUUUGAAUGAAGCAUCUCCCAGGAAUGGCAAGUCCCUGGUGUUAGCAACAUUUGUUUGUGGGGGAGGGGAGUAAUUAAUUACCCCCUCCUUAAUGAACUCAGAAGGAGUCUUUGCAUUCCAGGUUGUUGUUAUCGUUCUGUUAUUAUAAAUGUAAGAAAAGCACCUUCCUCCCUUCAUGUGAUGUGAUGGGCUAUCUUGUGUUACAUAUUUAUUAUGGUAGGAGCUUUUAGGGUGAAGACACACAGCGCUACAAAUAGCAGCUACUUGUCAUGGCUUCUAAACUACAGAAAAUCCCCUGCUAUAGACAAUACUGGGAAUUACCUCUGCUAAAACACAAUUAUCAGUAUCAAUAUAGCCAUGACAAGUAGCUGCUACUAGUAGGUCCAGGUGUCUUUACCCUUAGAGCUUUCUAGGAAUGGCUCUAUUUCUCCAUUUCCAGUGCACAGUCAGGCAGAGAUCAUUCAACAGUUUUGUUAACAUCCAAAUUUGGGGAGUUCCCUACUCCAAUUUGCAGGCCUGGUGAGAUGGGGCCUUAUUUAAGCAUGGAUAGAUUUAAACCUGAUUGUGUAACUGGCUUGGUAUAAAUAUCACAAUUUAUAAACUAAUAUAUUUUGUGUGUUAGGCUAGCGGCACCCAUGGCAUUUUCUCCUAAAGCAUAAAUACAACUGGAAAAAUAAACUGAUUUGAUUCCUUCAACCCUAUCUUUACACUGACUGGCACCAUCCACCUGUGAGUGCAUAUACGGAGUAGAUUUUAGUGCAAAAAUGUGGAUACUUGUCUGUUAGUGCAUUCAUAAGAUGGGGCAGUGAUUUACCUAUUGGUGUAUUUACUAUGGCGGAGAAAAUGCUGUGUGUGACACUAUUAGUAGGCUCGGGGCACUCUCCUGCCAAUAGGACACUUAGUACCCAGAAGGCUCAUUAGAUUAAUAGAAUUAUGUUGGUGAAAAUGUAUUUAUUGGGCACUAAAUAAUGCACAGUUCUAGAUAUGUAGUAUGGUACCUCAUGAAUGCUGCUGGUAGCUUUUCCGAUUGCUAUGGGCCAAACCAGGACCUGAACUCUAAAGCCCCAUGGGCUCAGCCCCCUCAACACUUGUUAAGGUAUGACACAGUUAUGUAUAGCCUGCCCUUGACUCCAUCAGAUAGAGCCAAACUGGGUUACUGCCAGAGGGCUGAUCAGUUGGAUGUGUGUAAUCAACAAAAACAAACAAAAGAGGAUUACGUCUCCUGCAGUGUUUAUAAUGAGGCGCCACCCCAAACACCAAUUCAGGGAAAGGCACAGGCAUUUGUGCUUAUAAAAAGCAGUUCAUCCACACCACUAACUUUCUGACUAAAUCUCCCUGUUCAUGUGUAUUUAAGGUCCCAAGUGUAAAAAAGGGAUAAUGGCACCACAAACGAAGAGCGGUGCCGGUGCUUAGGGACAGGGGGAAUCAGUAGAAACAAUGGAGAGUCCAUGGUUAGUGAAGCCAUAACGUAUCCUGGAGGGUUGUGACAGCUAUCAUGUAGUUCAAGGAUCGGCAGCCUAGAGCUGAGAUGUAAAUCCACAUAUCCAGUUAGUUUGGGUGAUACUGGGUGCUGUGGUGCAGUCACCCCAAGUCCUUCUAGCUGCCCUAUAUGUCCUACUUCCCACAGCCAGUCAUGGUGGUAGCUGUAUGCUGGGAAAUAUUGCUGAUCCCAGGGCACAAUCUCAGACCUAGCAUGCUUUUCAGGUAUAUUUACCAUGGCUGCAAAUAUACUGGCACUGUAUGCCUGAAUAUGCCCUUCAGCAUGAAUAAUACCUAUGUUUGUCAGUGUGUCUCUAGCCCGUGGUCAGUGAGGCUUGUCAGGGGGGCGCUAUAUGUUCCCUGUGUUCUCUGUAGAACUAUGCAUGAUCUGUGUGUAUUUCAUGAGUAUUGCAUUGGAUCUGUCUAAAAAUUCAAAGAAUUGUGCAUUCAGCCAUGGUCACCUUCAGAGCUCUAGCCAUCAAAAGGGGCAACUUAUAAACUUAUGUUAUAGUAAACAGUAAGGUAGCCAAAAUUACCCCUUUUUUAUCUAUUGUAACCUUAAAGUCCCAGCAUCUUUAUCCAGCCUGUGGUUGUCAAAGCAUGCUGGGAGUUGUAGUUCAUUGCUGGAGAAUGUAAGCUGGACUUUCCUGGUUUAUGGUUUUGUUACCAAUGAAGACAAGCAACUGCCCUAUAGCUGUGUACAGCAGAGCUGUGCUUCGUCUGUCCCUCGUGUACCACCUACAUCUAUACCCUCGGCGCAACACUCCCAGCACCCUUUGCCAACAAGGUCUCAUUGCAGACUGUAAGCUGCACACCAACAAGAACUGUAGAGUAGACAGUUCUACACGACUGUUCUAGUUCUUUGCACGUGGCACCUUUUGUGCUAUUGCUCACGUUAUAUAUAUAUAUGUGCGAGACUUUAUGCCACUGUCCGUGUUGUGCGACUUUCUUGUCUCUUAUUUUUAUCAUAAUAAUGAUGUUGCACAGAAGUUAAAUGCAUAAUAAAAAUGCUUGUACCCUAUCCUAAAAUGAACCUAAACCCUGCUAAAUACAAAAAUAUAAAUAUAUUCUUUUUAACAUAUGUAUACAGAAAAUAAAAUAAACAUUGUUUGAUAUAA